UCACUGGAGUUUCGUUCUUUGCGCACCAGGCUAUAAUGAUGACGGGUGUAGUGUGCGUCCUUGCGGCAGUAUUGUCUGCUGGUCAACUUGCAGCACACAGUGGACACUUUCGGACGUUCAAAAAUGAAGUAGACAUUCUCAGGUCAGACUUCCGUUCUGAGGCGGACUUAUUACGACAGGAGAUGAAAAAUGUAACCACCCAAUUGGCAAAGGAUAUGUUACAAUAUAAAAUGUCUCGGAGACAGAAGAGUUCUAGGGGGUUAAAUAACAAGAUUAUAGAUGGCUGGCUGAUUUACCUGGUGAGAUUUGCGUCCAGUGUGGACAAGAGGAUUACUUCGCUAGGGACGGCUAGAGAGUUACGCGAUGAUAAAAUCGAAACAUGGAUGGGCGAAAUUGAAGAAAGGCUUGAGAAACUGGAGAACAUUACAAAACGACGACAUCGUAGUAAGAAAAGGAACAGGACAGAAUCGGUGAAGAAAGACAUUCCUAGAGACUGUCACGAGGUAUACCUGCAAGGAGGGCUCAAGUUUGAAGGGGACUACCAGAUACUCAUCAAGCCGGAUGGAGCCCCUGCCCCUUUCAAGGCCGUCUGCAGGGUCUUCAACAACUGGGGGUGGACAGUGAUCCAGCGGCGACAGGAUGGGUCAGUGGACUUCUACCGGUCGUGGGCGGACUACAAGGUCGGGUUUGGAGACAAACACAAGGAGUUUUGGCUCGGAAACGACAACCUGCAUUAUCUCACAACACAAGGUGACACAAUGCUGCUGAUCGAGAUGCAGGACUGGGAUGGCAAGAAAUAUGUCGCCAACUAUGACCAUUUCCGUGUCGACAAUGAGACCAAGUUGUAUCGUCUUCACGUCAGUGGUUACCAUGGAAACGCUGGCGACUCCUUGACGUCGCAUUGGGAAAACCAUGACGGCAUGGCGUUCAGCACCAAGGACAAAGACAACGACGGCCGCUACUACGACAGCUGUGCACACCACUACCAUGGCGCAUGGUGGUUCAACAACUGCUUCGACUCCCACCUCAACGGCAAAUACUACACCAAGGGUUUCCAUAGAAACUACUUCCAGCGUGAUGGGAUUCAGUGGAACAGCAUCCAUCAGUAUUCGUCACUGAAGCAGGUUGAGAUGAUGCUGAAGCCAGCAGAACAACCAAAGCCCACCGCCAAGAUCAGCAACGACGUAUGAGACGCCCAGCAACACCACCCACCACCAGACGGGCUCUUCUAUCAAAAGAAAUCACGAAAAUAUGUGACGCAAGAUGACGGAAUAUUACAUUUGGAUCGUGUUAGUAAGACAUGGUGGUGACUAGCUUGUUGUCCACUGUAGGCAUAUGCUACUUAACUGCCACUUGAGACGUUAGGGGACAGAGGUACCCGGAUGCAAUAAUAACCACGUCGCCAUUUUGAUAUCUUCAGUGUUGUCGGACAUCCAAAUACGCACAUUUUUGCGCAAUUUCCGCUUCGUGUAUGUUGUUCUGAAGACUAGCACAAAGACUUUUCAAGUCAAUUUUGAUGGAUUUUACAGUGGAUUUUUCUCAUCUCGAUGUGAAGUGGUGUCUGAAAUGUCCUAAAUGGAGAAGGUCAAAUAUGAUUUUUGAUCGUGAGUUUAACCAAGUGUGGAAACAGGAUGCACCUUAGACGAUGACAGGAGUUGUGGAUUCCUUCUGCAUAGAGUUGCUAAGGUGUAAUCAUAUACAACAGCUGUUGUAUCGAGUACGUGUAUUCUGUUCAUAUUUUCAACUUUGCAUGCAAUUAUGCAGUGCCUUUUUUUCAAAAUACUACGUUCAGUUCAUAGACAUUGUGGAACCGGACAUGCAAUGUGUUCAAGUUCAAAAGAUUCACCGACUUCAAUAAGCGGCAUUACCGGAAGUCCGUGUGCAGAGACAAUCAGAGGAGAGGAUGUCUGUCUAAUACAGACAGCUUGUGACCCAGAGACAGAUCCGACCGUGAACGAGGAAAGAUGCAGUUAUUUCUUGUACAUAAGAUGUUUUCUCAGUAUUAUCCUUAUGUCUCAAUGAUAGAUAUUGUUUGUGAUUGUGUCGUCUUGCACAGCACGCCCUGCCCGAAGGAGACAAUAGUGCUACAUGUUCUAUUUAGGCUGACAUGAUUAAUUUCAUUUUUUGAACAAAUCCAAAGAGCAAGUAACGGAAGCGUAGAUGUUCUUUGCGCUCAAAACUUUAGAAUGAACAUGAAACCUUGAUCCAUACAUAAUGAACAUUAAUAUUUUAUAUUUUUUGUAUUAUUAAACGUUUGAGAUUACUUUGCAAAAUGCGGCAUUAAGUAUGUAGAAAAGAAUUUGUUGAAAUGGUUUUGUCAUAUUUGUGUACAGUUUGUAAAUACAGCGACUUUGAGCACGACGAUCUUUUGUGUAGCUGAUUUGAUGUAGUUACUGCAGGUGACGCAUGCUAGACACGGAGUGAUUAAAUGUGCCAAGUUACACUGGCUAUGAAACACAAGCCCAAGAAACAUGAAUAAAGACUCACGUAUUACUUCCACAUGAUUUUCAACCAGUGUGCAAAAUAGUUUUCAUAUUUUUCUAGCCAGUCGGGCUAACUAUGCCAGAAAGUUACACAAUACUUCACUAGCCCGAAAUUUGAAUGUAGACAUGGGUUUCGUCAUUAAGCUGCUAAUAUGAUGAACAUUUUUAUCAGGCAAAAAAUCGUGCAUGAUUUUAAAGUGCUUUCUGACUUAACAAGUCGGAGAGAGUAAUAUGUUUACAAAAUGACCCCAUGAAAAUUCACCAGCCAGUCGGGCCAGUGACUCUGAAGAUUUACUGGCCCGACUGGAUUUUUACUAGCCAUGGGCUAGCGGUCCAGUGGCUAUUUCGCACACUGUUUUAUCAGUCUGUGUUCACAUGCAAUAAAUUUCAAUGUUUGCCAUUUUAAGUUGGGCUCAUCAACAGUAGAAACAACGAUGUAUAACUUGUACAAACCAGUACACAUGCAUUCAGCAAUCUUCCUUACAUGGGUAAAUUAACUAUCAUUUAAAAAACCCCAUUGCUUUUGAAACAAGUUGUGCAUUUACUAGACUGCUAUCGACGUUGUUGCAGAAAUAAUUGAUGAAUAAAUAGCUGAUACAGUUCAGUCUUUGAUUUCCAUGUGUUCUGAACAUUUAUUUGACAACAGUCACGUGUACUGUCUCAGUGGAUGUUGAUAAGUUACCCUAGGACAAGUGCCUCACUUUAUAUUCUGUAUUUUGUCAAUUGUAGAUUCUAUAAGUUCUCUUUUUCUGUAGGAAUAAAAGUUGUUGAUUUUUUUUUA